GCCUGAGCUCUCAGCCAAUGGCGCGGCGGCGCCGGCGGUCACGUGAGGGGGCGGAGCUGCUUAAAGGCGCCGGGGCGGGGCGGGCGCGGCCGCAUUUCGGGCCCGGUCGGAGCCGCUCGGGUUAUUACGUCACCGCAGGGGCAGGGCCCCGCCUUAUGACGUCACGGCCGCCCCCGCCCCCCCACGCAUGGCGGCGGAGGAGGGGAAGUUGUUCGUGGGGGGUCUCAACUACGACACGGACGAGCAGGGCCUGGAGCAGCACUUCAGCUCCUUCGGGCCCAUCUCCGAGGUGGUGGUGGUGAAGGACAGGGAGACCCAAAGGUCCCGAGGUUUCGGUUUCGUCACCUUCACCAACCCCGAGCACGCCAGCGACGCCAUGCAGGCCAUGAACGGAGAGUGCCUGGACGGGCGGCAGAUCCGGGUGGAUCACGCCGGGAAAUCGCCCCGAGGAGCCCGGGGGGGCUACGGGGGCAACCGGGGCCGGGGCCGCGGCUACGGGAGAGGAGGAGGCGACCGAGGCUACGGCGGCCGCUACGACGGGCGCAGCGGGGGGGGGUACGGGGGGUCCCGGGACUACGGCGGCCGGAACCAGGGGGGUUACGGUGAGCGCUUCCCUUCGGCCUCGUACCGGGACAACUACGACAACUGA